AUGGCUGACGAGGGCAGUGAGAAGCCGACAGCUCCUUCCAUGGCAACGGAAUCUACUGCGGUAAUGGAAGAAAACCCAAAGCGCGGUGACAAAAAGGCGGAAAAGAAAGCUGUCGACGAAGAGCACCGCCCUGCGAAGUUCAAGGUUGAAGACGCGCAGUACCUUUCCGUGGACGACUUUAGCUACGACCGCGGCAGCUUGAUGAGCGAGGUCUAG